GAUAGAAAAGGAAAGAACAAUUCGAGCGAGAGCAGCCGCCGCUGCCUACGUCACCACGCAAGGACAGGAGCUCUCCGUCCUGUUCUUCCCGUGUCGCCCAAAAUCCAGCCUGCAAAUCUGCAAAAGAUCCGCAAUAGAUUAGGGCCAAAGUAGAGGCGGAAUCAGGUCAGCACUGGUCAUGGCUCGAGGCAAAAAGGAUUCCCCGGCGGCAGGCGGUUCCGGCGAUUUGAUGGAGGAAGACGAGGCGGCGGAGGUGGUGGAAGAGGAAGAAGAACCCAAGGGAGUGGAAGAGGAGGAGGAGUGGAAGGGGGAGGAGGAUGAGGAUGAGGACGAGGACGAAGAGGAGGAGUGGGAACAGGAGGAUGAGCAAGAUGAGGAGGAGGAGGAGCAGGAGGAGGCCCCGGCGGAGGAGCCCGUGCAGGGGGUGGGGUCUCCGGCGAAGCUAGCGGAUGGAUAUUACGAGAUCGAGACUAUCCGCCGCCGCCGCCUCCGCAAGGGCCAGAAACAGUACCUCGUCAAGUGGCGCGGGUGGCCGGAGAGCGCUAACACAUGGGAGCCAGCCGAAAAUCUAACGGCCUGCUCUGACUUUGUGGAUGCUUUUGAGAAGCGACAGCAACCAAGGUACCAUGGUAAGCGCAAGCGUAAGGUCACGACUAAUCCAGUGAGGAGUCCUAACACUUCUCAUGGUAAAAGGGGCCGCCCACGUCGUUCAGAUCCCCGUUUUUUAUCCCACAUCCCUGCCCCAGAACGCAAAACAUUGCCUCUCAGGACAAGUAGUAGGAGAGCUACUAAUAAUACUAGUAAGAACUCGAUUGUGGGGUUUGAUGCAUCAGUAAAUGUGGUUGCACAGCCAAUUCUUGCUCAAAGUGUGACACGGGAGGGUAGUUCCAGUGUGCCGCCGGAUGGGUUUCCAUGUCAAAGAGCACCUAUAUCUGUUGUGGUUCAGCAACAAGAUGAGCUUCAGCCUGGCAAUGGUUUAUCAACGGUUGAAAAUCCAGUACAUGCACCUCCGUCUCAAGGUGUCCAGGUGACUGGUGCCAAGAAGCGCAAGCUUGGAUCAGUCAGGAGGUUCAAACAGGAUGAAGUACAGCAAGAUCAAGGUGAACUUCAAACUGGAAGGUCUGGGAAGCCUGGCGCCGAGGAUGUUGAUUCCACAGAAGGAGAAACUGGUGAUAGGACCAAAGGGCAGGGUUGUGGCAACCAACUUCAUAUUAUUAAGAUCAUCAAGCCAGUGCGCUACUUCGCCACCAUGACAGAUGAUGUGCAGCAAGUUGCAAUAACAUUCAAAGCACUCAGGUCUGAUGGGGAGGAGAUCUUUGUGGAUGACAAGGAACUGAAAAAUAAUAACCCAUUGGUGCUUAUAAACUACUACGAGCAGCACCUCCGUUAUAAUCCCACCUCGUGAAAAAGAUGCACCGAAGAAGUUUGGUUUCACUUGCUGCAUGAGUUGAGAUGUCUUAUGCUGGAAAAAAUUGCGGUAAUAUAGUUUUAGCCUGGUUACGUAGAAGUCGUGCUGAAUGAUGGUAGUGGAAUGGGAAACCAGAGAAAUAUCCUAUGUAAUAUGUGCUGAUAGGUUAUUGGACAUCUUUUGUGACCAGCAUCCCCUGUACUAGGCACCCUGAUAGGUUAUUGGGCUCAUGACGUUCGAGAUGUAAAAUGGAGCAGUUGUGUAUUUUUUGCUUGGCGUCACUGCUUGGAAUUAUAUGGACUACCUUCUCA